AUGGACAUGGCCAUGCCGGACGACCGCGCAUACCAAUCCCACCAAGCUCGUCCGGGCUCUGCGCACGGCGUCCCUCCCUUUGACGUAUCGUCUUCCGAGCGUCUCCACUCGUACGGCGCCGGCGCCAGCGUCAUUCCUAGAGUUUCAGUACACGACAUGGGCCCCGCUCCCGGCUCAUCUCACGGAUACCCUCCUCAGCCCGUCCCUCAGAUGGGUGCCGCUGCCCCCUAUCCUCCCCAGCCCGCUGCUGGUCAACCAUACUAUGGUAUGCCCCCUCAGCCUGCCGACACUACACCACCCACGUCGGCUGGCAAUGGCCGGCCACCCGCGGGCAGCUUUACUACCGAAGGAGCUCCCAUUGUUCCCGUAGGCAUUAGUGGUGGCAAGAUGUUCCGGUGCCGCGGCUUUGGCGACUGUGACAAGGUCUUCACUCGCUCCGAGCAUCUAGCUCGUCACGUUCGCAAGCACACCGGAGAACGUCCCUUCCCUUGCCACUGUGGCAAGGCCUUUUCGCGUCUCGACAAUCUGCGUCAGCACGCUGCCACCGUCCACGCAGACCAGACCACCCUCAACGAGGCAAUGUUGGCCUCACUCGCUUCAGUUCACGCCGCAUUAUCACAGCGCGCCAAUCGUGAGCAGAGGCGCCGUGGCGAGGUUGUCGAGGUUCCAAAGAACGCCGUCGAGAGGCCCCGUGGCGAACGCAACAAGGCUGCGCAGCAGCAAGCCGCCGCAGCAGCAGCUGAUGGCGUUCCUCCCCCUGGCUACCCUCCCGGAGCCGUCUACCACCCCCCGCCACACGGUCAGUGGGCGCCUCCUCCCCCUCACCAUGAUGGUCGCCCACACACCGCAGGCAGCGGCGCCGCCCCCGGUUGGGGAAUGGAGUACCCUGGCUAUUCUGGUCAGCCGCCAGUCAGUGACGGUCGCCCCCCUACCGCCGGCUCGGCCACAUUUGCUGAUGACGCUGGACCAAGCCGACGCCCUCAGUCGUCAGCAGGCUACCCGCCUCACGGUGACUACUACCCGGGCGGACCCCCUGGCUCGUCUCACGGUCGCCCACCCACCGCCGACGCUCCUCCUGGCACCGCUGGUUCCGGCGACUCGAACGCCGCCGCUGGCUAUCCGUACCGACCCGUGUCGUCGAACGGACCCCCGGGUCACUACGCCGACUCGGAGCCUCCGAGCUCGUCUCACGGCCCGCCACCUCAUUCCCCGAUGUACCCCCACCCUGGAGCAGCAGGCGUAGCGCCCGGUGGCAACUGGGCAUCCCCAUCUACUCCUCACUCGGCGUACCAGUCUGGUGACCCCGGCAUGUACCAGAACCCAGCAGCGCUAGCGGGUCAGGAUGAUGGUCAAUACGGCCCGCCCCCGCCCGGAUCGUCUGGUGGCUACCCCUAUCCUCAACAGGGCUACCCGUACUACGGCCAGCAGUCACCUGCGCAGCCGCAGGCUGCUCAGUUCGCUAACGCUCCUCCUCCCCCGGGGUCCGGACCUGUGCAGCCUGGUGCGUACCCUCCUGGCGCUCCUCCCAACGAGUCGCCGUUCCAGUACAAUGCUCCAGGGACCUACCCUUACGGACCAGGGUACGAUGGCCGCAAGCGCCGCGCCGACGAGGAAGCGGGAGGCGACCGCAAGCACCUUCGCAGCAGUGAUGGCACAAAUACGGGUGACCAUCGCCCCGCUACAGCCGGUAGCCAAGCAGGUGAGAACCCCCCUAUCUGGCUUCCGCCAACCACCGAGCGUCGCCCAUCUCUGUCAAUAAACGCCCUGGUGGACACGCAUGACGGUCGCACGUCGCGUCCACAGACGGGUGACGCUUCCAGUCAGCCUGGCGCGUACCCGUACCCAUAUCCAGGCGCACCAACUGGUGCGACCGACGCGGUGGGCGCUCGCAGACCUACCGAAGACAAGAAGCCCUUGGCGGCCGAAUAG